UGCUGUGCCCUGUGCUGUGACACAGGAAAAUUUAAAUAGGGGCGAGCUUCCUCACCUGUCUCACCUUACCUGUUCAAACAAACGGCUCCGUUUGAAACUCUACCCCAACCGAAUUCACCGAAUUCCACCAGGAAACCAACCGCAAAUGAUAGUUAGAAAAGAAAAGGUGGUCUAAACAAAGAAUUUGUUAGGCCUUUCUCCAAGCCAAUUUAGAGACAUGGAGCCGACGUAUCGCGGUCUAGGUCGCUGUUCCUGUGCCUUUUGGUUGGCAGUGUCCUUCGACAUAUUCGGGCUGCUUGUUCUUUUGAUCGGUGUUUUUGCGGACAUAUUCUUCUAUGACUUUUUAAUCUACGCCGGGGCCAUCAUCAUCUUCCUCAGCCUCGUCUGGUGGGUGUUCUGGUACACGGGCAACAUCGAGGUCCCCCCGGAGGAGCUGGAGGAUGACGUCGGGCUCUUGAAGAAGGAGCGGGGCAUCGCAGGUGCGGUGAGGCGGUUAUCCAGCCGUCUCCAACAGUGGAACUCUCUGCGGCGGAAUGGAGGCCCCCCCCGCGGGGUUGCGAGAAGGGCAGGGACUGGGCUGUCUACGACGCACAUGAGGGAUGCCCCACAGCAACCGAAGCCCCCGCCUGUCGUAUUGACGAUGGGGCCGCUUGAUGAGGACAUGCACACGGUGUCUGCAUCCGUAGACACAGACAUACCUGUUCCGCACACAGCUACAGAGACCUCGGCCAUAUGAUGCGCAAUGCGCACAAGGUUAGCCUAUUAUUUCAAAUCGGUCAUUAAGCCAUUUAGGCUAUAGCCUAGGGAUACAUUUUGUUAUUGGAUAGGCCUAAUUUUCAUUAAACAUGUGCAUAGAUUAUAGGUUUUAUAGGCCAACUUCAUUCUAGGCUAUUGUUUUUGCUUGAUAAUAGCCCACAACUUUGAUCCACAAUUCAGUAGGCUAUAAUGUUCCUAAAAUAAAAUUAAAUGACUAUGUGUUUCAGUGAAUGAGGAAAGAAACUGUGAUCUAAUGGAAACGGACGUCCUUUGUCUUUCUGUUAACCAUUAACGUCAUUGAAUGGCAGUGCGCGCCUAAAGAGAAGCCCUGUUCAAACAAUAAAACCGUUUCUGAGAGGGCGAAGUAGAGCUGCUGCUACAUGAAACAAAGAAACCUAGGUUGACCAUGAAUUGUCUAUUUUAGGAGUUAGGACACAUUUUUGACAUCGAUCUAAACUGAUGUAAGCUACAGUAUGUUGCAACUAUGACAUCAUGAGGUAACCAUAUAUUUUGUCCACCAGAAGUUAGAGGCUUGGCAGCACUGAACCCCGAUAAGGACAUUUCACUUGUCCAUCUCACAAUGUUUACAAGUACAUUUCGAUUUUAAUAUUGUCCUAUGGGCUUUUUUCUUUGAAACAUUUAGUUUUUAAAAUCAAAUUAUGCUCCUCAGUGAGGACUUUUUGUUUGUUUUAUGUUAAUUUUGUGAAUACUUUGUGGAUAAUUGAUGCAAUAUUUCAAAAUACAGAGAUUUUUUCUAGCAAAUAUGUCAGACUUUAAUUUUUAGGGCCAAGUGCUACUGAGAAGGUGCUUGUUGUGAACUUGACCUGGCACCUGUAUUCUACAUCCCCGUCCACAGUGGUGAUAAGCAAUAUAGCACAUUAACGACCUUUGUACCCUAUGGAUUUCCCUACCUUUAUUUAUACAGACAUUACUUUUGGAUGUCCAUAUGGCUGCCUCAUCAUGCUUUAUGAACCUUUUACCUGUUUGUAUUUCCAACUAACAAUUCUCAGAUUUUUGCCAAACACAGUACCUACUUAUUGACUAGAAUAACAUAUGAGUGUUACUGUGUGGAAUGACAACACUUUGAUUAUCUACAGUAGGCUAGCUUUGACCUUGACACCUUGUUACUCCACACAAUAAAGUAUGGGAGUGGUGUACUGUA